CUUUUCACUCUCUCGUUCAAGGUCCGACUCAGUUCCCGGCGAGUUCGACUCGGUGUUUGAUUUUUUUUCCUAGAGAAGAGAAAAAGAAAAUUAAAAUUAUUCUUAACGAUUGAUUCGGUUUCUCGUAUUUGUGUGUCUCUUCUCGAUUUCUAGAUCUAGAAUUGAAUUGUCGAGGUAAAGAGGAGGAGAUGGCGAGCGAGCUGAUCAAUCGGCGACACGAGGCGGAUCAACCCACCGCCGAUGCUUAUUACCCGAAACCAAUCAAGCCAUGGUUCAUGGCGACUCGCCCGAUGCGUUACAUGCUCCGUGAACAGAGACUCAUCUUUGUUCUCGUUGGCAUUGCAAUCGCUACUUUGGUUUUCACCAUUUUCCCUCGCUCCACCCAAUCAAGCCCUUACUCCGAUCCCUUCUCCGGUUACGGAAUCAGACCCGUCGAAUCGUACGUUCCGGCGCACAGGAAACCUAGCCUCGAGUACCUAAACCGGAUCGGAGCCACCGGCGGGAAAAUUCCACUGGGAUUGAAACGCAAAGGCCUACGAGUCGUCGUCACCGGUGGUGCUGGAUUCGUUGGAUCGCAUCUCGUGGAUCGUUUGAUGGCCAGAGGAGACACUGUCAUCGUUGUUGACAAUUUCUUCACAGGUCGUAAGGAGAACGUUAUGCACCAUUUCAGCAACCCUAAUUUCGAGCUUAUCCGUCACGAUGUCGUCGAGCCGAUCCUUCUUGAGGUUGAUCAGAUCUAUCAUCUGGCUUGCCCUGCCUCACCUGUCCAUUACAAAUUCAAUCCCGUCAAGACUAUCAAGACGAAUGUGGUUGGAACACUGAACAUGCUUGGUUUGGCUAAGCGAGUCGGUGCUAGAUUUCUCCUCACGAGUACAAGUGAGGUUUACGGUGAUCCUCUGCAGCAUCCUCAGGUCGAGACUUACUGGGGAAACGUUAAUCCCAUCGGUGUCCGUAGUUGCUACGACGAAGGAAAGCGUACGGCAGAGACGUUGACCAUGGACUAUCACAGAGGUGCCAAUGUUGAGGUCAGGAUUGCUAGGAUCUUUAACACCUACGGUCCAAGAAUGUGUAUAGAUGAUGGACGUGUUGUCAGCAACUUUGUUGCACAGGCUCUAAGGAAAGAACCAUUGACUGUUUACGGUGAUGGGAAGCAGACAAGGAGUUUCCAGUUUGUUUCUGAUCUGGUCGAAGGUUUGAUGAGAUUAAUGGAAGGAGAACAUGUCGGACCAUUUAACCUCGGUAACCCUGGUGAAUUCACAAUGCUCGAGCUCGCAAAGGUGGUCCAAGAAACGAUAGAUCCGAACGCAAACAUAGAGUUCAGACCAAACACAGAAGACGACCCUCACAAGAGAAAGCCUGACAUCACAAAGGCCAAAGAGCUUUUAGGUUGGGAACCAAAGGUCUCUCUUCGUCAGGGACUCCCUCUCAUGGUCAAAGAUUUCCGUCAACGUGUCUUUGGUGACCAGAAGGAAGGCUCCUCCACGGCUGCAACCACCACCAAAACAACUUCAGCCUGAGCAAACGCAGAAUCAAGUAGCGUCCACUGCGGUUGGUAGUGGGUUGAUAACAAGAAUGCAAGACCCUGCAGAGCUACUACAUGAAGAGAGGAGAGCUUCAUUUCUUUAAAUUUAUUUCGUUUUUGAUUUCUAUUUUGAUGAUAAUCGUGUAAACGUAGAGUAAGAAUUUGGUACCUUUACUUACUUAUUCAUGGACCUCACAACAAUUUUAAAA